AGGAGGGAGAUUCCAGACUGUGUAUGUGUGUGUACGUGUGUCAGUAUGUAGAUGUGAUGAUUGUGUGGGAGUUGGGCUUUCUAUUCCAGCGCGACAACAGGAACUUUUUUACAACAUCAAACGAGAAGAAACGAGACGAGAAGGCAGUAGUAAGGUGUUGGAAAAUGCGAGAAGGAAUCCAGGAAGAGAGCGCGUGCCUAUUAACCAUUGAGCGCGGGAGAGCAGACAUUGUUAUCGUGGCUCCUUCGCGACACUUGUGGCACCGCGGAGUAUAAACUCCCAGCCGAACGGACGUGUAACUUUUCUUGAAUGGGUUGAAGUGAAGCGUUUUGUCUUCGAAACGCGAGUCCGAGGCAUUUCCAGACGUUCAAAAAAGGAAAGGGGAGGCGAGGGGGCUUCAAGAAAACGCCCUGUUGCCGCUGCCUGUUAUCUCCAAGCACAAACUUUAUCGUCGACUUGGGAAAAAAAUGCGGGAGGUGAGACGUUAUGUGGAACGUUAUCUUUGUUGGCUGAAAGGCUAACUGCCUUCUUUCUCCAAGUUUCGGGAAGUGUUUUUGCUUUGGGAAUAUUUGAUCUCCUCAUUGUUGCACACAAUUCCCGUCGGAGGCUAUCUGGGUGGGCUGGGAGCCCCAAGGCUGCUCCUCUAGGCCCCACGAAUAACCAAGUUUCACAUGUAAACCCAUACAAUCAGUGAAAAACCCCAUAAUUCUUCAUAUUAUAGUACGAGUGACACUACAGACAUGUCUCAGGGCGCCGAGAGGAGGAUGGAAACCCGGCUGAAGAAGUUGGAGGACAUGAUGAGAAACCCCAAGUCUGCCUUAAACCUGGAAAGUUUGCUGGACUCCAUAAAUGCUCUAGUCUUAGAUUUGGACUACCCUGCGCUUCGCAAGAAUAAAAACAUUGAAACCUUCUUGAACAGAUAUGACGCCGUCAUAAGACAAGUUCGAGAGCUCCAGAUGAAGUCAGAUGACUUUGACAGAGUGAAAGUUAUUGGUCGAGGAGCUUUUGGUGAGGUUCAACUGGUCAGGCAUAAAGCCUCCCAGAAAGUCUACGCCAUGAAGCUUCUUAGCAAGUUUGAGAUGAUCAAACGCUCAGAUUCUGCCUUCUUCUGGGAAGAAAGGGACAUCAUGGCCUUUGCCAACAGUUCGUGGGUGGUGCAGUUGUGCUGCGCCUUCCAAGAUGAGCACUACCUCUACAUGGUGAUGGAGUACAUGCCAGGAGGUGACCUGGUCAACCUCACCAGUACUUAUGACGUGCCGGAGAAAUGGGCCAAGUUUUACACGGCGGAGGUGGUGAUGGCACUGGAUGCUAUUCACUCGAUGGGCUUCAUCCACCGCGAUGUCAAGCCAGACAACAUGCUGCUGGACAGACACGGUCACCUGAAGCUUGCAGACUUCGGCACCUGCAUGAAGAUGGAUUCUACUGGCAUGGUGCACUGUGACACAGCAGUUGGAACUCCUGACUACAUCUCUCCUGAAGUGUUGAAAUCCCAGGGAGGUGAUGGGUAUUAUGGGAGAGAGUGUGACUGGUGGUCUGUUGGGGUCUUCAUCUUUGAAAUGCUUGUUGGUGACACACCUUUUUAUGCUGACUCUCUGGUGGGAACCUACAGUAAGAUCAUGGACCAUAAAAACUCCCUCAACUUCCCUGAUGAUGUGGAGAUCUCUAAAGAUGCCAAGAAUAUAAUCUGUGCCUUCUUGACUGACAGGGAGGUGCGAUUGGGCCGGAAUGGUGUGGACGAGAUCAAGCGGCACCCAUUCUUCAGGAAUGACCAGUGGACCUUUGACACCAUCAGAGACACGGUUGCACCUGUGGUCCCUGAACUAAGCAGUGACAUAGACACCAGUAAUUUUGAUGAGAUUGAAGAUGACAAAGGUGAUGUGGAGACAUUCCCCACACCCAAGGCUUUUGUUGGAAAUCAGCUUCCCUUUGUUGGCUUCACCUACUUCAAAGAAGACCAGUUACUAAAUGCUUCCAACAACUCCUCAGUUAUUAAUGACAAUUCUAAGGUAGAGACAGCAUCAUCGUCUACAGCGCUCCAGAAAAAGCUUCACCACUUUGAGGUGCAGCUGAAUAAUGAGAAGCAAGCCAAAGAUGAUCUAGAGCACAAAUUCAGAGCUGCCACAAGUCGUAUGGACAAAAUCUCCAAAGAACUUGAAGAAGAGGUGACCAGCAGGAAGAAUUUGGAGUCAAGCUUGAGGCAGCUAGAAAGGGAAAAGGCUCUUCUGCAGCACAAGAGCCUGGAGAGCCAUCGCAAAGCUGAGAGCGAGGCUGACAGGAAACGCUGUCUGGAAAAUGAAGUCAACAACCUCCGUGACCAGCUGGAUGACUUAAAAAGAAGAAAUCAGAAUUCACACAUUUCCAAUGAGAAGAACAUUCAUCUGCAGAAACAGCUGGAAGAAGCCAACACAUUUCUACGGGCUGAAUCCGAGUCUGCGACAAGGCUGCGUAAAGCUCAGACAGAGAACAGCAAACAGCUGCAGCAGCUGGAGGUCAACGUGCGCGAGCUGCAGGACAAAUGCUGUCUGCUGGAACGCAGCAAGUUAAGCCUGGAGAAGGAAUGCAUCAGCCUACAGGCCGCCUUGGAGACAGAACGUAGGGAGCACAGCCAGGGCUCAGAGACUAUCAGCGACUUGAUGGGGCGUAUUUCUGGCCUCGAGGAGGAGGUACAACAACAGAGACGAGCUCUUUCCAAAGUGGAGACAGAGAAGAGACAUCUUCAGGAGAAACUCACUGACCUGGAGAAGGAAAAGAGCAACAAGGAGAUUGAUUUGACUUAUAAGCUCAAGGUGCUGCAGCAGGAGCUGGAUCAGGAGGAGAGCUCUCAUAAAGCCACCAGGGCACUGCUCGCUGACAAGAGCAAGAUAAAAGUAACCAUUGAGGGUGCCAAGUCAGAGUCCAUGAAGGACAUGGAACAGAAGCUGGCAGAGGAACGAGCAGCCAAACUGCGACUGGAGAACAGAAUACUGGAACUGGAGAAGCACAGCAGCAUGAUGGACUGUGACUAUAAACAAGCUCUUCAAAAGCUGGAUGAACUGCGCAAACAUAAAGACCACCUCACAGAGGAGGUGAAGAAUCUGACGCUGAAGAUUGAGCAGGAAACACAGAAACGUAACCUGACUCAGAACGACUUGAAGGUCCAGAACCAACAACUCAACUCUCUGCGAUCAUCAGAAAAGCAGCUCAAGCAAGAAACAAAUCAUCUACUGGACAUUAAACGCAGCUUGGAAAAACAGAACUACGAGCUGCGCAAAGAAAGACAAGACACAGACGGCCAAAUGAAGGAACUACAAGACCAAUUAGAAGCUGAGCAGUAUUUUUCUACGCUGUACAAGACCCAGGUUCGUGAACUAAAAGAGGAAUGUGAGGAGAGGAACAAGCUCUUCAAAGAAGUGCAACAAUCACUUCAGGAACUACAGGAGGAAAGAGAUUCUCUGGCAGCCCAGCUGGAAAUCACACUGACUAAGGCUGACUCAGAGCAGCUGGCACGCUCUAUUGCUGAGGAACAGUACUCUGACCUGGAGAAGGAAAAAAUCAUGAAGGAACUGGAGCUAAAGGAGAUGAUGGCCCGCCAUCGUCAGGAAUUGUCUGAGAAAGACAUCACCAUCAGUUCGUUGGAAGAAGCCAAUAGGACCCUGACCAGUGACGUCGCCAACCUAGCUAAUGAGAAGGAGGAGCUAAACAAUAAAAUGAAGGAUGCCCUUGAAGAAACAGAGAAGUCAAAUGAUUGGGAGCAGCAGAUCAGUCAGAUGAAGAACACAUUUGAGAAGCAGCUGCAGUCUGAGCGGACGCUGAAAACUCAGGCUGUCAACAAGCUGGCAGAAAUUAUGAACCGGAAGGAGGUGCGAGGUGGAAGUAGUCGCCGUGGCAAUGACACAGACAUGCGGCGAAAGGAGAAGGAAAACAGAAAGCUCCAGCUGGAGCUGAGGUCAGAGAAGGAAAAGCUCAACAGUACCAUCAUCAAAUAUCAGAGAGAGAUCAACGAAAUGCAAGCGCAAUUGGCAGAUGAGAGUCAAAUGAGAAUUGAGCUGCAGAUGGCUCUAGACAGUAAAGACAGUGACAUCGAACAGUUGAGAAAUCUCCUGCAGUCACUCAGUGUUCAGUCAAUGGACUCUGCCAGCAUCAGUAGUGGACCAGAAUUUGAGGCUGAUGAUGCGUUUACAGAAACAAGGCUUGAAGGAUGGUUAUCCCUCCCAGUACGAAACAACACUAAGAAAUUCGGAUGGGAGAAAAAGUAUGUUGUUGUGAGCAGCAAGAAGAUUCUCUUCUACAAGAGUGAACAAGACAAAGAGCAGUCCAUUCCUUAUAUGGUCCUUGAUAUAGACAAACUCUUCCAUGUGAGACCUGUCACUCAAACGGAUGUCUACCGUGCUGAUGCCAAAGAAAUUCCAAGAAUAUUCCAGAUUCUUUAUGCCAAUGAAGGUGAGAGCAAAAAGGAGCCAGAGUUUCCUGUGGAGCCUUUACCAAUUGGAGAAAAGACCAGCUACAUUUGUCAUAAAGGCCAUGAGUUCAUUCCCACACUGUACCACUUCCCUACCAACUGUGAGGCGUGCACCAAACCGCUGUGGAAUAUGUUCAAGCCCCCACCGGCUCUAGAAUGUCGGCGUUGCCACAUCAAGUGCCAUAAAGAUCAUAUGGACAAAAAAGAAGAGAUCAUUGCUCCAUGCAAAGUGAACUAUGAUGUGUCCACGGCCAAGAACCUGCUGCUGCUGGCCACGUCCCAGGAAGAGCAGAAGAAGUGGGUGAGCCGCCUGGUCAAGAAGAUCCCCAAAAAGCCACCACCUCCUGAGAAUUUUGCACGCUCCUCACCACGCGCUUCCAUGAAAGUCCAGCCCAGUCAGUCCAUGAGGAGGCCCAGUCGACAGCUCCCCACCAGCAAGAGCAGCUAACCUUGUGCUGAAGGAUUGUGGUGCAUCUUGAAGAGGUUUCCUCUUAAAUUGAAGACUGUAUACAAAGCUCUGUUGGCCGAUAUGCACACUGAACUUCACUUCUUCACGACUCACCCUCCUGCUUCAGACCACAACUUCCAACAGCCCAUCUCCGUUGUGUUCAAGCUCAUACGACUGUAAUGAAAAACUGCAACCCAUUUGUCUCCUGCGAGCCCUUGAAAAGAACAUUUAAGUGUCUCUUGGGGGACACUCGCUGUCGCUGGGGUGCUCCCACCGAACAGCGAAGGAUCCACACUUACCUCAACUCGUGAUGGAAGGGCCCAAUACCAAAAUUUUGUCAUCUCAUGUUUUCUUUAUUAGGAACUAAAAAUAUAAAUACUUUGUCACUUGAAGUGGAAAACUACACACAAAAUCCUGCACAGCGGUAAUUUGUUGGUUCAUUGUGCUGCUUAUUCAGAUACCAACAUGCCUGUUUAAUCAGUUACAAAUGACCAGAAUUCCCUCGCGGAUCCUCUUCAUCCCACCAACCUGCACUGUCAGUUCUGAGUUAUAAUGUUUACUGAAUUUAAGGGGUGCACCCUUAAUGCUUUCCUAAUCAAAGCUCAGCUCCUUGUUGUUGUUUGAAUGUAAAAUGUGGGAUGUACCAGAGACGAGACCCAAGCAUUGUAUUCCUUCAAUCCAAAUAUACUUGACUGAAGCCCUCUUGUUAACACCAAUUACUGAAAGAUCUUGCAUGUCAAUUUCUUUUCUUUCUUUUUCCACGCACUUAAACAUUGUGGACCCACGAAGACGUGUAGUUUUGUGUCAUUCUCGACUAUGAAAAGAAGGGAAAUGUAACAAUAAGCAGAGUGAAUAAGGGUUUGUUAUCAUAAUCCAAUUAACGUACUGGGUGGCACUAUUCCAUUGAAAGUUUUUCUUUAUAAAGUCUUUGUUGUGAUAUUUUUGUAUUAAAAGUAACCAGACGCUAGAGUUUGGCCACAUCGUUUGUGUAUGUGACUUUUCUAGUAGCUGGAGAGACACGGAGUGCUUGUGUGUGUAUACCAAGUGCUCUCCUUGAACUAAGAAGCAUGUUUUAUACAUAGAAAUAUACACAGUAUAUAUUUUACAUGCCAUACAGUGCACAUAUUAUUUAUACAGCUGUGUCCACUUUCUUUUUAAGGGCUUUACAUCCAGACUGCAUGUUGGCUACCAAACACUUCUCUAUAAUAACCACUUCAACAAUAAAGAUGUGGAUGUGC